AUGUCAUCUCGUCCCUUGUCAGUAUUAAUUCCUUCGUCUUGGUCUCAGCAAAAGAAGAGGACACCUUCUAUUCAGUCUAGCUCUUCUUCUAAUGCAGUGCAUUCGCCAUCCUGGUCGACCAUGUCUAUUGACCAGUUAUCGCUGUAUGCCAGAAGAGCCUCCAAUUCUAGUCUCAGCAUGCUUGCAGGCAAUGUAGAAGAUAAGAAGAAAAUCCGACAAGCCGACAAAUUACAGCAAGCUAUGCAAGGGUUUUCUCAGAUAUUGCUAAUGUCAUUGAACGAUUGUUCACUUGGAUUUUAUAGGAUAUCAGACCAUAUUCAUCGCAAAGUGCCACGUAUUGUAGAGACGAAAAGACGGUUGAGGCAAUCGAGCCAGAAAGUGCAAGUGGCUAUUUCAGACAUUGAAGAUGUACGAAAGAACGUAUGUGAUAUAGAACGGAUCGAAGCCUUUUACAACAUUAACAAGAUGAUUGCGAAAUCGAUUGAGAUUAUAAACAAGAGCAAAAGAAAAAUGAUAAAGUAA